AUGCACCGCAACGAGAAGCCCAUGCACCGCAGUGAGAAGCCCAUGCACCGCAGUGAGAAGCCCAUGCGCCGCAGUGAGAAGCCCAUGCACUGCAGUGAGAAGCCCAUGCACCGCAACGAGAAGCCCAUGCACCGCAACGAGAAGCCCAUGCACCACAGUGAGAAGCCCAUGCACCGCAGUGAGAAGCCCAUGCACCGCAACGAGAAGCCCAUGCGCCACAGUGAGAAGCCCAUGCACCGCAACGAGAAGCCCAUGCACUGCAGUGAGAAGCCCAUGCACCACAGUGAGAAGCCCAUGCACCGCAACGAGAAGCCCAUGCACCACAGUGAGAAGCCCAUGCACCGCAACGAGAAGCCCAUGCACCGCAGUGAGAAGCCCAUGCACCGCAGUGAGAAGCCCAUGCACCGCAACGAGAAGCCCAUGCACCGCAACGAGAAGCCCAUGCACCACAGUGAGAAGCCCAUGCACCACAGUGAGAAGCCCAUGCACCGCAACGAGAAGCCCAUGCGCCGCAGUGAGAAGCCCAUGCACCGCAACGAGAAGCCCAUGCACCGCAGUGAGAAGCCCAUGCACCGCAGUGAGAAGCCCAUGCACCGCAACGAGAAGCCCAUGCGCCACAGUGAGAAGCCCGUGCACCGCAACGAGAAGCCCAUGCACCGCAGUGAGAAGCCCAUGCACCACAACGAGAAGCCCAUGCGCCGCAGUGAGAAGCCCAUGCACCGCAACGAGAAGCCCAUGCACCACAGUGAGAAGCCCAUGCACCGCAACGAGAAGCCCAUGCACCACAGUGAGAAGCCCAUGCAGCGCAGUGAGAAGCCCAUGCAGCGCAACGAGAAGCCCAUGCGCCGCAACGAGAAGCCCAUGCACCACAGUGAGAAGCCCAUGCACCGCAGUGAGAAGCCCAUGCGCCGCAGUGAGAAGCCCAUGCACCACAGUGAGAAGCCCAUGCGCCGCAGUGAGAAGCCCAUGCGCCGCAGUGAGAAGCCCAUGCAGCGCAGUGAGAAGCCCAUGCACCGCAACGAGAAGCCCAUGCACCACAGUGAGAAGCCCAUGCACCGCAACGAGAAGCCCAUGCACCGCAACAAGAAGCCCAUGCACCACAGUGAGAAGCCCAUGCACCGCAACGAGAAGCCCAUGCGCCGCAGUGAGAAGCCCAUGCACCGCAACGAGAAGCCCAUGCGCCACAGUGAGAAGCCCGUGCACCGCAACGAGAAGCCCAUGCACCGCAGUGAGAAGCCCAUGCACUGCAGUGAGAAGCCCAUGCGCCGCAGUGAGAAGCCCAUGCACCGCAACGAGAAGCCCAUGCACCACAGUGAGAAGCCCAUGCGCCGCAACGAGAAGCCCAUGCGCCGCAACGAGAAGCCCAUGCGCCGCAACGAGAAGCCCAUGCACCACAGUGAGAAGCCCAUGCACCGCAGUGAGAAGCCCAUGCGCCGCAACGAGAAGCCCAUGCGCCGCAACGAGAAGCCCAUGCACCACAGUGAGAAGCCCAUGCACCGCAACGAGAAGCCCAUGCACCGCAGUGAGAAGCCCAUGCACCGCAACGAGAAGCCCAUGCACCGCAACGAGAAGCCCAUGCGCCGCAACGAGAAGCCCAUGCGCCGCAGUGAAAAGCCCAUGCACCGCAACGAGAAGCCCAUGCACCGCAGUGAGAAGCCCAUGCACCGCAACGAGAAGCCCAUGCGCCGCAGUGAGAAGCCCAUGCACCGCAACGAGAAGCCCAUGCACCGCAACGAGAAGCCCAUGCGCCGCAGUGAGAAGCCCAUGCGCCGCAGUGAGAAGCCCAUGCACCGCAGUGAGAAGCCCAUGCACCGCAACGAGAAGCCCAUGUGCCGCAGUGAGAAGCCCAUGUGCCGCAGUGAGAAGCCCAUGCACCACAAUAAAGAGUAG